AUGGGGAGCGAACAACUCAAUUUAAAAAUCCUGAUGAAGAAGUUCCUCAGCGAGGAGAAGGAGUACAUCAAAUUGGUGAAUAAAGAUCAAAGAGACAUUAUCCUUUUCGAAAAGGAAAACUUUUAUAUACAUGCAAAUGUCCUCUGUGGAAUUGAAAGCAGGAAGAAAGAAAGAUACAACGUAGGGGAUAUCUACCUAUUCCUGUGCCUGCCCAAGAGCAACUACACAUUUUCGUACAUAAAUUCUGUUGGCUAUAAAUAUAUAAGCAUCCUUGAGAAAAGCAAAAUUAUUAAAAUUAUCGAAGACAAGGAAGAUAAUGACGAAAUUAAAGUGAAUUUUUUUGUGUAUGAUUUGAAGAAGGUGUUAGAUUUGCACGACUAUGUGGAUGUCGAAGAUAAGGAUCAGGGCAUCCAGGCGGAGCUCUUCCACUUGGACGUCGUGGGGGACGUGGACAGGGCGAGCGAAGAUGGGAAUGCAAAGGGAAGUCACCUGAAAGGAAGUGGCGCGAAAGGUUCCACAACGGGGGCGAAGCAGGAGGAGGGAGGGGGAGAAACGUUUAGCCCGGGCCACCGGAAGAGGAAGCGAGAAGGGGGGGAGCUGCAAAAAGAGGGAGAGCCUCCAAACGGGGAAGGCGGCCAAACGGGGGGUCACCCAAAGCCCGCAUAUCACGAAAAAGGCAGCAGUUAUCUCGACGAAGGCGCCGCCUCCCCCGUUGCGAAGGAAAAUUUCGUCUCCUUCGAUAGCGUAAGAACCGUAUGUGAUACAGAAAAAAUGGGCAACUCGCUAAUCCUGUAUGUGGCGAAGGGGGGCCCGGAAAGCAGACUUACCCUCGGCGAAAUAGACUCGUUGGAGAAAAUGGGGGAUUACAACUUCCUGCAGAGAGAUGUCCCCUCCCAAGAGUACGACCCGCUAAUCUAUUUCAAUUGUAACGAAGUUAACGCGCUGGAGGAAUUUACGAACGAUGCGAGCAACAAUUAUGACUUCUUCAGAGUGGAGGUUGCGGACCCCUCGAAUGGGAGAGACCACUCUGGGGGGAAUUCCCCAAUUGAAAGUGCCCAAACGGGGGAAGCCGUUCCAACAGAGGAGCCAACACAACAGAUGGGUAAUCCCCCCCAUGAUGGGAAGAUCAAAACAGCCAAUAAUCAAAGUGGUGAAACGGAUGGGGAAAGCAAAAGCAGCCACCAUAAGGACAGCCCCGACGGCAGCCUGCAAAACAUGGCGAAGCAUUACUUCGAAAAGGAUCACUUUUUUAAAAACUUUUUUCUGCAAAAUGUGAAUUUGUACUCCGUUUUAAAAAACACCUAUUUUGGGAACACCCAAAAUGAAACGCAAAUCGAUCAGUGUGUAAAAUUCAUUGUGCACAAGUUCCACAGGGAUUACAUCAAAUUUAUGGAAAAUCACAAAAAUAAAGUUUUUUCCACCUGCAACGAUUUUCUCAGAAGGUACUCCAAGCAUAACUACACAGAUAUUUAUCAGAAGGGAGAUUUGUACAAAAAUUUUGCAGACUACGAUAUGCUGGACCUCGACUUGAGCAUUAAUGAAUACAAUGAGGGAAAGCGUUCCACCAAUCAGGUUGACUCCCGGUUAGAUGUUCACGGUCAGAAUGGUCAUACACUGGAUGUGGAGGAGGAGGAGGAGGAGGCGAAAUUUCUGGUUGGCCAAUUUAUCCCCCUAGAAGUGGUCCAAAAUUUCAACGAUCACGAUAAGAUAAUUUUCUUUCACGAUUUGCUCGCUCAGUAUGUGCAAGCCGUAGGUGACAAACAGUGCUACGAUGCGAAUAGGGCGCUCGUUAACUUUGUUCAUAAUUUUGUUAAUGACUUUUCCCUUGAGGAGAAUCUCUAUUGGGGGGUGAAUGCCAAGCGAGGUUGCCCCCUCCCCCCAGAGGAGUUACUCCUGUCCGAUCCGGAAGACUUCCUUUUCGAUUUGGCCCAGGGGGAGGAGAUCCCCCUAGGUGAAAAUACCACCCCAUUGGAGGAAACAAACGAUCAGAAAAAGAAACCCCCAUUUGCAGAAAACAACUGCGCUGUGGUCAGGAGCAAAGUUGACAGGAAAACCAUCUCGCAGAUGAAAUUGUCAGACGAACAAAUCGCAGCGAAUGAAGAAAUCACCAAGGCGGUACUCCUCAAAGAAGUUAACAUGCAGGACGCGUAUGACCAGAUAGGAAAAAACGCCAGUGACUUCAGUCGCAUAUAUAACCUUUUCGAACGAGAGCUUCUAAACAAAAGUAAUAUCAAAAAUGUAUACAUAAAUGGAAUUAAGAAAAACAUCAUCGUCGAUGAUCAUCAUCAUAUGAAAACGAGGGUGGAAAAAAAAUCGUUAAAACUUAUCGACGAAAUUCAUUUAACGUUUAAGAAGAGACCCAUUAUACUGAUUGAAAAAGAGAGCAGCAAUCAUAUAAUUAAUAGGAACAAUCUGGAAUCCUUUUUUUUGCAUAACCGUUUGGACAACUCUGGCCCCAAUCGGAAAGGGACUCAUGUCACAGGUGCUGGGGGGGACGGCGCAACAGGGCCGUACAAUUCCAUACCCAUCAUUUACAAAAUGUUUAACAAAAAAAAAAGCAUAAAAUUUUCGUUCAUCGAAAAUGAUCAGAUUUCGAAAUUGACCGAAACGGACUGGAAGUGCGUCAUUGCAGUUAUCAUAAAAUCCAAGGAGUCGCUAAAAAACAUUUUAAAUGAAUACCCGUUCGAAAUUCCUACUGCGCUCUUCCAGCCAUUCAAAUCUUUUUUUUUUAUGUACAAUGAUGUUAUAAUACCGUCCGAUUUGUUGACAGGGGGGAAUGUCGAUAUCAUCAGACUCAGUCGGGAAAACAGGAAGGAGGAUUACCUCGCCGUUAAUAAAUUUUGGACCAACAUUGAGAAGUUCAUUUUGCAAAGGCGCGACAGGUCUUGCUACACGCGGAAGGGGAAGUCCUAG